AUGCGUCUCCAAAACAUUCAUCCGAUUGUGAUGAAACUUUGCACGUGUUUGCCAUUCGGCGGUGUGCUGAGGAGUGGCGAGGAUCGACGUGAGGAGGUGAGGGCGCGGUGGGGGGUGCGGCGGCGGGGGGUGGUGGGGGGCGCGGGGGGCGGCGAGGUAGAGCGCGAUUGGGCGGCGUUGCACGCCAGGCACGCCCCGCGGCGGCCUGCUACAGCGGGCCUCGCCAGUGUCCGCCAGACUGCCGAGCGCGCCGGGCCUCCCGCACCCCGCGCCUGCUCGGCCACGCGAUUCCGACCUUCCAAAACUCUACCGCGAGCCAUAAAAACGUUCGUGGUGGCCAGCGGAGCUUUACACCCGGGCUCGGGCCGAGCUUUCAUGGCUCAGCCUAGGUACGACGAGAGCCUCCACGGCGGGGGCUACAUGGAGGGCGGCGCGAUGUACCAUGAGCACAGACUCGCGCACCCCCAUAUCCCCCCCGUGCACUACCCCCCGCCGGCUGCGCCCGCGCAUGCGCUGCCCGGCGAACCGCUCGUCCACAAACGCGAUAAGGACGCGAUAUAUGGGCACCCCCUCUUCCCCCUGCUGGCGCUGAUUUUUGAAAAGUGCGAGCUGGCCACAUGUACCCCCCGGGACCCAGGGGUGGCCGGCGGUGACGUCUGCUCGUCUGAGUCCUUCAACGAAGAUAUUGCAGUCUUCAGUAAACAGAUACGUCAAGAAAAACCUUAUUACAUAGCAGACCCAGAGGUCGACUCAUUAAUGGUGCAAGCGAUACAAGUCCUACGGUUUCACCUAUUAGAAUUAGAAAAAGUGCACGAGCUAUGCGACAACUUCUGCCACCGCUACAUCAGCUGCUUGAAGGGCAAGAUGCCCAUCGACCUGGUGAUCGACGAGCGGGAGUCUGCGCGGCCGCCGGACACUAACGGCGAGCGAUCAGCGCCCGACAGCAGCCACGACGGCGCGUCCACGCCCGACGUUAGGCCACCUUCAUCGUCACUUUCGUACGGUGGCGCAGUGAACGACGACGUGCGCUCACCAGGCUCUGGUGGCACGCCCGGCCCUCUCAGCCAACCCCCGCCGCAGACGCUCGACGCGACGGAUCCUGAUGCCAUGGGCAAAUGGUGUGGAUCUCGACGGGAGUGGUCGUCGCCGCCGGACGUGGCGCGACGGGUGUAUUCCUCAGUGUUCCUGGGCAGCCCCGGUGAAUAUCCAGGGGACGCCAGCAACGCGAGUAUCGGCUCCGGCGAAGGAACGGGGGAAGAAGAUGAUGACACGAAUGGAAAGAAAAACCAGAAAAAACGUGGCAUUUUUCCAAAAGUAGCUACCAACAUACUGCGGGCGUGGCUUUUUCAACAUCUAACGCAUCCGUACCCUUCGGAAGAUCAGAAGAAGCAAUUGGCACAAGAUACAGGGUUAACGAUACUACAAGUAAAUAAUUGG